CACACACGCGCAGAGAGCGAGCGAGCGAGCGAGCGAGAGCUGUCAGAGGAGGCAUCGCGCUGACAUACCUCAACGGAGGUGCAACAAAAGGAGGCCGAUUCAAAGCCAAAGCCGAGCAGACGGAGGAGACCCGGGCCCAGCAGGAGUCGAGGGGUUGGUAGCAGCACAGACGGCAGGACGGGACGGGACCUGAUCUGGAGACAUGUUGUGGGGUUGUCUGCUCUUUUGGGGGACCGCACUUCUGGUGAAAGGCUUGAGGUGUAAGGAGGCGGAGGUUUUGGUGGAGGUGGGCUCCAACGCGGUCUUGCCAUGUGACUAUGCCCCCUCAACUGCUUUUGCAGAGAAAAUCAGCUGGAGCAAGGCCAGCAGAGGCAAGGUUUGGGAAAAGCAGAAGAGUGGUCUGGAAUACUGGGGCCACGGCUGGGCACGACAAGGGCCACGUCGGGUUUAUUGCCCCCACUCUGGGUUUGGAGCGGGCCAGUGCAGCCUCCACAUUGAGGAUGUGAAGGAAAGCGAUGGAGGAACGUACACCUGCAGAGUGACGGAUGGAGACCAGCUGAUUUGUAAUGUGGUCACGCUCCGAGUCGUCAAAGUGUCCAUCUACCCACCCAUCCCAGUGGAGGGCAAUGAUGUGUCCUUUAUCUGCAAUGUGACCCCCUGGCCUAAGGGGGCCACGGCCAGCUGGGGCUUGAACGGCACCCAAUUUAUGCCUCAGAUUCAGAGCAAAAUAAGUAUGAUCAGUAAGAAUGCGAUGAACGGAAAGGCUUCUCAGAGCCUGGCUGGAGACUGGACCUGUGUCGUGCACUACAACGAGAAGGAGUGGUUCACCACGCAGUCGCAGCAUCUAUCCGUGAGAGGGAUCAUCGUCAUCCCUGCCGACGACGACACCAGGGUGUACGCCGCGGUGGGCUCUGCGGUCACUCUCCCCUGCGUGUUUGCCCCCGGUUAUAACCCCUCCGACCUCGUGUGGGAGAAAAUGAACACCGCACCCCGGUCUCCGUCCACGGCCUCCGCUCUGCCUCCCUCGUUCGAUCUGAGCCCCCUGACCCUUCAGCGUCCCUGGGAUAGGUCUGCACGUGUGAUGGAGGUGGGACCGGAGGAUGGGGGCCAGUACAGAUGCUCUGGGACGAUAGAGGGACGAAGUCUGACUCGGGGUCUGCGGCUUGUCACUGCCAGCGUUGAGAGCAAAGCCGUGAACACCAGAAGAGCCCCCUCCAUGACACUGACCUGCCACCUCAGUGACCCCAGCGAGGUCACUGACUACGAGUGGUUCCACGUGACCUAUGACCUCAAUGGCACGCAGUCGGCGACUUCCAUCGGGAAGGGGAACGUCGUCAGCGUCAACGGGGUGACAGGAGAGAAUUCUGGGGAAUGGACGUGUCGUUUCUACGGAAGAGACGGCAUCCUGGGAAACGCAACGUACCACUUGCACGUAAUGGGUGGUCUGACCGGGCACAAGAAGACGGGGAUGUCGAGUGACGCCGUCACAGUGAUCGGCCUCAGCGUGCUCCUGCUGGUGCUGCUGCCGGUUCUCGUUAAGAGUUAUAAAAACUACCAGAGAAGGAAGAGAAUCUUCCAGUACCCUGCAAUGGAGACCAUUGUCCACGCCCUGUCCAACGAGCGGGAAGAGAGAGAAAGGAAGCGAGUGAAAGAAGACGACGUAUCCAAGUAGAGAUGCUGCGAGCAAAACUCCAUAAAUCACUGUAGCGCAGUAAGACGUACGUUGUAAUUGCCUGUAAGAAGUUGGGAGAAGCUUGUUCACACGGAGGUUUUGCACAUAUCCAGAGCAGACACAUGUAGCAGUAUUUGUUGUUUUGUAUAAAUGCAUUUGGAAAGUUUGCAAAUUGCUUCGUUAUAUCAGCUGUAAAUAUAGAAACGGUUUUAUGAAAAAUACUACUUUGUACAGAUUUCUUGGA